AUGGCUACACAAUCCAAAGAAGUGAUGAUUAUAUUUGGUUACUUGUUGAUGAAAGUACCAACUAUGUCCAUAUUAGCUCUAUAUAAUAAAUCUAUGCAAAUUCGACCGUCAGCCGUCGAUUUCGAUUAUAGCUUUAUUGCUGAAUUAUAUAACGGCCAAAGGGUUAUCUAUAAGGAACAGGGCAAGUACGAUGAGGCACUUUCUAUGUUUCACAAGACAAUUAAAGCUAUCCUACCGGCUUUAGGCGAGAAUCAUCCCUACGUUAAGAAGACUAGAAAUCAUGUCGCAACAACUCGUCAGCAGCAACAAGCACAUUAUUAUCAAAGUACAACACUAGCUGAAAGAUAUUUGGACGAUUUGGUUAGAUGGUUUGGAGUGUUUACAGGCACCGGUGCUAACAAUCUUACAACGUUAACAAAUAGGAAUAGUAACGGUAGUAAUCCUGAUAGUGAUAUUAUUCGACACGCAGAAGAUGAAGUUUUAGGAGAAAAGAAAUAUUAUAAUCUAUACGAUAAAGCCUUGAAUAAUUGCUACUGCUUUAAUGAUUUGAUACAUGUAUUUACUCAACAAGAAUCAAACAAGAAUAAACCUCCAGAUAAAGUUGUUAAUCAUUCUGAUGGCAUAUUGAAAACUGAAUUCAAUGAAUUUUAUUGUCUUCAAAAUUCAAAGACAUAUAAUUUUACUGAGGUGUUAGAUGAUAAAAUUAAGACCGCUAUAAGGGAAUUUUCUAUAGCAGAGCUAGAAAGUCAACAAAAUAACGACAUGCAAAAAUCAAAUAAAAGUCAACAAGAUCAGCUAACAAUGGUAGAUAAUCUAUCUUUAACCAUUGUAAAGGAUGACGAUAAGCAGUCUUCUAUGAGUAGUGAUAAUAUAGCAGAUGCUUCUAAUAAGACUGAGUCUAAAUUUAGUUUUGCAGAAUCUUAUGCGCCUAGAAUAAACGAAAAUAAAGACAAAUUUGAAGAUAAUCAAUACGUGAAAGUAUGGGAUUUCAGUGAUCCAGCUAUUUACAAUGUUUGUCAAUAUCUAUUUAGGUCUUCCAAUAGUAUUUAUUUUCUUGUAUUUAGUAUUGAGCAAGGUGUCAAAGAUCUAGUUAAGACAAGAGAAGGGCAAUUACUCAAUAUGACCUAUUCGCAAGCUAUUCAAGAAUUGCUGGUAUCAAUAAUAUGUUGCCACAGCAGUCGAAACCAAAUUUACGUUAAUAUUGAUGACAGGGAUGCAGAAUUUUCCUUACCUAUCAUUAUUCUGGUAGCUUCUUACGGUGAUUGUACAACAGAAGUAGAACGAAAUCUUUGA